AUGGCAUUGGGAGGAAGUCUCUCACGGGUGAACAGUUACAGCAAGAAGCAGUGCAGAAGCCUUUUCUGGAGAGUAAGAGCAGCAGCGAAGAAGGCCAUCAAGAGCGCUGGUGGUGGUGGAAAAGGUAAACAUCAAUUCAAAUUCCACUAUGAUCCUUCGAGCUAUGCCCUCAACUUUGACGACGGCUGUCAUGAAUCGGGAGAGAAAACAACAACGGUGUUUUACCAGCAGCCAUCCAACUCCAAACUGCAGAGCUCUUGCAAGACUAAUAAUACUACCUGGAUUUAUAUCAUCUGGGUGGAGUCUUAA